CUACAUUACCCACAAUUCAGAUGCAUGUGCGAGAGCUGCAGAUGUCAUCAGCAUUGUACCGGUGGCGUGGGUUUCCCUUGUCAAAUCCUCUGUAAUAGUUUCUUCAGACUAAAACAUCACAUAGGACCGCAUCUGGCUUCACAAUGAGUGAGCGCAAGGGAACAGCGAAGUUGGAUUAUCUGAGGAAGAUCGAGAGAGAGAUCCAGGAGCAAUGGGAGAAGCAGAAGACAUUUGAAUGUGAUGCACCCACGACCAUUGGGGAAAGCACCAACAAAAACAAGUACUUUGUGACCUUCCCAUAUCCUUACAUGAAUGGCAGAUUGCAUCUUGGCCACACUUUCAGUAUGUCAAAAUGUGAGUUUGGUGUCGGUUACCAGCGCUUAAGAGGGAAGCAGUGUCUUUUCCCAUUCGGCUUGCACUGCACAGGAAUGCCCAUCAAGGCGUGUGCAGAUAAGCUGAAGAGGGAGAUGGAGGUCUAUGGAAACCCUCCUGUGUUCCCUGAUGAGGAGGAGAAGGAAGAGGAGAAGCCCGACUUCUCGGACGAGAUCAUUAUUAAGGAUAAGACCAAGGGCAAAAAGAGCAAAGCAGCAGCGAAAACCGGUACGGCCAAGUUCCAGUGGGACAUCAUGAGUUCUCUGGGUCUGACUGACUCUGAGAUUGUAAAGUUUGCCAAUGCUGAACACUGGCUGGAGUACUUUCCCCCCCUGGCUAUCAAAGACCUGAAGCAGAUGGGAGUUAAGGUGGACUGGAGGCGCUCCUUCAUCACCACUGACGUGAACCCCUUCUACGACUCCUUUGUCAGGUGGCAGUUCAUCACCCUGAAGGAGAGGAAAAAGAUUGCAUUUGGCAAACGAUAUACAAUCUACUCUCCCAAGGACGGACAGCCCUGCAUGGACCAUGACAGACAAACAGGAGAGGGAGUUGGACCCCAGGAAUACACUCUCAUCAAGAUGAAGGUUGUGGAGCCAUACCCCGCCAAAUUCAAAACAAAAGUAUUUUACAGCAGUGGCCUGAAGGGCAAGAACAUCUUCCUGGUGGCCGCCACCAUGAGGCCGGAGACUAUGUUCGGCCAGACCAACUGCUGGGUGCGGCCCGACAUGAAGUACGUGGCCUUCGAGACGGCCAACGGUGACGUGUUCAUCAGCACGGCCCGCGCCGCCCGCAACAUGUCCUACCAGGGCUUCACCAAGGACAACGGCGUGGUGCCCGUGCUCAUGGAGGUCCUGGGACAGGAUAUUCUGGGCUGUGCCCUCAGUGCCCCACUGACCUCCUAUAAAACCAUCUACGCUCUGCCCAUGCUAACCAUCAAGGAGGACAAGGGUACCGGCGUGGUGACCAGCGUACCAUCUGAUGCUCCCGAUGACAUUGCCGCACUCAGGGACAUCAAGAAGAAACAGGCCCUGAGGGAGAAGUACGGCAUUGAGGACAAGAUGGUGCUGCCUUUUGAGCCGAUCCCCAUCAUUGACAUCCCAGGCUUAGGCAGCCUCUCUGCUCCCCUGGUGUGUGAUGAGCUGAAGAUCCAGAGCCAGAACGACCGGGAGAAGCUGGCCGAGGCCAAGGAGAAGGUCUACCUCAAAGGGUUCUAUGAGGGGAUCAUGCUGGUGGAGGGCUACAAAGGUCAGAAGGUCCAGGACGUGAAGAAGCCCAUCCAGAAGAUGAUGGUGGAAAGGGGCGAGGCUGCGGUUUACAUGGAGCCUGAGAAGCAGAUCAUGUCUCGUUCGGGGGACCAGUGUGUGGUGGCUCUCUGUGAUCAGUGGUAUCUGGACUACGGUGAUGCAGAGUGGAAGGCACAGACCAACCAAGCUCUGAAGUCUUUGGAAACGUUCUGCGAAGAGACCCGGAAGAACUUUGAGGCCACGUUGGCUUGGCUUCAAGAGCAUGCCUGCUCACGUACCUACGGCCUCGGAACACGGCUACCAUGGGACCAGCAGUGGCUGAUUGAGUCUCUAUCGGACUCCACCAUCUACAUGGCCUACUACACCGUGGCGCACCUGCUCCAGGGAGGAGUCCUCAACGGGCAGGGAGCUUCCCCGCUGGGCAUUAAGCCAGAGCAGAUGACCCGGGGUGUGUGGGACUUCAUCUUCUUCAAGACGUCGCCCUUCCCUAAGACCUCCAUCCCCAAGGAGCACCUGCAGAAGCUGCGGCGGGAGUUUGAGUACUGGUACCCUGUCGACGUGCGCGUCUCAGGCAAGGACCUGGUGCCCAACCACCUGUCCUACUACCUGUACAACCACGUGGCCAUGUGGCCAAAGGACAGUGGGAAGUGGCCCCAGGCAGUGCGCGCCAACGGACACCUGCUGCUCAACUCUGAGAAGAUGUCCAAGUCCACCGGGAACUUCCUCACUCUCAGCGAAGCCAUCGACAAAUUCUCAGCAGAUGGCAUGCGUCUGGCCCUGGCGGACGCAGGGGACACGGUGGAGGACGCCAACUUUGUGGAGACCAUGGCGGACGCGGGCAUCCUGCGCCUGUACACCUGGGUGGAGUGGGUGAAGGAGAUGAUCGCCAACCAGAGCAGCCUGAGGACGGGCAACCCGGACACCUCCAAUGACCGAGUGUUCUCCAGCGAGAUGAACGCAGGUAUUCUGAAGACGGAGCAGCACUACGACAGGAUGAUGUACAAGGAGGCUCUGAAGAGUGGCUUCUUUGAGUUCCAGGCGGCCAAAGACAAGUACCGGGAGCUGGCCAUCGAGGGCAUGCACCGGGACCUGGUGUUCCGGUUCAUUGAGAUGCAGACCCUGCUCCUGGCCCCCAUCUGCCCACACCUCUGUGAAUACACCUGGAGCCUCCUGGCCAAGGGCGGCUCCCUGAUGAAGGCGUCCUGGCCUGCGGCGGGUCCAGUGGACGAGGUCCUGAUCCGCUCCUCUCAGUACCUGAUGGAGACCGCCCACGACCUCCGACUACGCUUCAAAGCCUACAUGCAGCCCCCCAAGAGCAAGAAGGGAGACUCCCGGCCUCCAGGCAGGCCGUCUCACUGUACCAUCUAUGUGGCCAAGAGCUACCCGCCAUGGCAGCACUGUGCCCUGUCCCUGCUGGGGAGGCACUACAAGGAAAACAAGGGGGUCCUCCCUGACAACAAGGUGAUCUCCGUCGAGCUCGGGGCAAUGCCGGAGGUGAAGAAGUACAUGAAGAGAGUCAUGCCCUUCGUGGUCAUGAUCAAGGAGAACCUGGAGAAGAUGGGCCCGCGGGUGCUGGACCUGGAGCUGGAGUUUGAUGAGCGCAACGUGCUGACGGAGAACCUGGUCUACCUCACCAACUCCCUGGAGUUGGACAAGAUUGACGUUGUCUUUGCAUCAGAGGGGGACGACAAAGUCAAGGAGGACUGUUGCCCAGGGAAACCCUUCAGCAUUUUCCGAACAGAGCCCGGUGUGUCCGUGUCCAUGGUGAACCCCCAGCCGUCCAACGGGCUGUUCUCCACCAGCCUGGACAUCAGACAGGGAGACACCAGGGACAGCGUGGUCCGGCGGCUCGCCAAGAUCAACAAACUCAUCAAAGAUCUGUCCCGGGUGAAGCUGAUGCGCUACGAGGACCCCCUGCUGGGGCCCCGGCGGGUCCCCAUCCUGGGCCGCGAGGAGCAGGGCAAGCUGGCCCUCUCCGACAAGUCCACCUUCAGCGUGGACCUGGGGGAGGGACGGGUCACUGUGGCCGACAACGGCCUCUCUGUGGACAUAGGGGACACUCUGGUGUACCUGGUUCAGUAGACACACACACACACACACACACACACACACACACACACACACACACACACACACACACACACACACCCCCCUACCUACCUUUAUAUUUGGGGCGGGGUGAAGCAUCAGCAAUCGAUUUUGAAAUACUGCAUUUUAAUUGGUAGUUUUGAGCCAGCACCAUAUACAACUGACCCAUUCACUCUUACCCCAUAUAAGUGUUCAUGGUGCUCGCAAUCAUGGGCUGUCUUCGGGAUGGGUGAUUCUGUUUUCCAUGCAUGUUUUUCACCCAUUCUGCCCGGUGAACAUUGGUUUCGGUAUUCGACCGCCAUAUCUUUUUGUCAUGUGACUGCUGGUUGUGUAUGGCGUGUGCACAUUGGUGUGUCGACGGGGUGAGCAGGUCCUAGCUGACCGCUUCAUGAGCUUCCUGUUACAAAACCGACGGCUGGUCCACGGCACACCAGGUGUCCAGGUGGUUCUCUCCCAACGGUUCGAUUUCACAGAGAACCGCAGAAGAUCGGUUCUAUUAACGACAUUCGUCAUGGUGAACGUGUGUGUGUGAGGGUGCGGCACCCGCAAUCUGUUCAUGGGUGGAGCCCCCCCUCGAUGUGUAAUGAGGCAGACGCGUGGAGCGAAAGGGACACUCGUACCACGGACGGCUGCAUUGUGUCUUAAGAUCAGACAACGAUGUGGGAGAAGAUAAAUAUAGAAAACCGUAGCGUUCAAAGAACUCUUUGUUCCAUCAGGUUUUUGAGCAUUGCAAACCAUUCAUGUCAGGGUCUGUGUAUUUGUGUGCGCGUGUGUGUGUGCACGACCAGGGGAGAAUCCUUGUGCUCUCUUGAAUGCAUCCUAUGGCUUAUAAUGUUUUUUUUUUUUUUUUUUACAUCCAAUUUAUCAUGAAAGGAGGCUUCGUCAAAUGGCGGUUUUCUAACUGUUAUUAGACUUGUUCUUUUCCUAUGAAACGGUGACAAUAAUAAUAAAAUAAAUCUUCAAAUAUUCACGUGGUUUCUUUUGUUCGGCAAAGGAGAAAGAUUAGCACAGGCAAUGUCACCGGUUGUUUGUCCAGCAGGGUGCGUCUGUCCCAGUACUGACGUCUCACAAGCCGACGCCCUGAUGCACGCAGUCGUGGUGCGAUGUAUGCAUGUAUAUGUCCUUUAUUUAUCUUAAAGGGUUAGGCCUACUAGUAAUAUUAAUUUGUCGGGAAACCAAAACCACAUAAUUAUAGUAAGGUUUAGAAAUGAAUUACUGAACGUGUGUGUGUGUGUGUGUGUGUGUGUGUGUGUGUGUGUGUGUGUGUGUGUGUGUGUGUGUGUGUGUGUGUGUGUGUGUGUGUGUGUGUGUGUGUGUGUGUGUGUGUGUGUGUGUGUGUGUGUGUGUGUGAUAUGUGCAUUGUGUUAGGCAAGCGCCUCCAUAUAAAAAAACAAAAUUUAUCCAAAAAACGGAUGAUACUUAGUUCAGGGAUGUGAACUGAUACCUCUUCACGACGUAAUGAACCUUCUUGAGGAGGUGUGUGUGGGAGACGCACCCUCAUCGCACCCCAACUCUCCCUCGCUUACAUUUGAGAGACACCUCCCCCUAUGUGUGUGUGAGAGAUGAAUGGAUAAAUGAUGGUCUUCCAUAGUGUAUGUUGUUUAAGCCUCGUUUAGACACGGCCUCAUUGACAACCCCUUUCUGUGUGUGUGUUUGCCGUUGUACCUGGCAGACCUCCCUGCUGCUCCUCGGGACAACAGGGUGGUACAUGCAGGCUUCCUCUUGCGUCAGCGCAUCGGCAUGCGUCGCUGUGGCGGCGGCGCGGGGAAGUGUUUAUCUCCACUGAACAGCCCUUCUCAGCCGUCACACGACCGCUUUAUCUCCCCCGUCACAAACCACCUCGGUGGGGAGUUCUCCCUACUACCGCUAACCACACACACACACACACACACACACACACACACACACACACACACACACACAGACAUACACACACAGCCGCCGCCGUCCCUCCUAUUCUGUCUCUCUCCCCGAUAUACUCCCUGUUACACUAACCCCUCCUCGCGUCCUGGCUUGCCACACACACACACACACACACACACACACACACACACACACACACACACACACACACACACACACACACACACACACACACACACACACACACACACACACACACACACACA